CUAACGUGUAGUACUCGUUCUGUAUGAUUACAGGUACUGUUACGUAUAUAAGUACACUCAUAAGAACUACGGGUGAACCGCGAAGAACAGCAUUAGACUCUCAUCUGUACCUCCAACAAGCAUCUUCAUCCUCAACAGAACCUCUGAAAAACAAAACUUGUACAGGUUUGGAACGACAUCAGGAUAUCAGAGCAGAGAGUGAUAGACGGUAUUCUCUCAGUGAAGAUGUUGGCCGUGUUGACUCUUGUUCUGUUGGCGUCCAGUGUAAUUGAGGGAUGGGUUCUGAGUAAAUGUGAGCUGAAGAACCAUCUGGAAGACACUCAGUUCAAGGUGAUUCAAGGCAUGGGAAUCAAUUUGACCGUGGAAGAUCUCAUCGCCAGACUUGUUUGUACUGUAGAAAACACUUCAGGGUUCAACACCAGCCUCAUCACCAGCAUCCAAAUCAACCAAGAUCAAUUCAGGCUUCCAGUCAGACCUCCAUUCCGUCCUUCUCCCAAACCAAAAGAGAAAGAUCCUUCCACAAAGGAAGAAGAUGAUGAAAAACUGGAAGAGGAACACAUAAUCCCUGUUGAACUGCAAAGAAGUCCCAAGCAAAGACCCGGAAGAUCUGUCCCAGAGGGAAGCAUCAUUUCCUCUGAGAGACAAGGAGGAAAGGACCAUUUCUGGGGUCUGUUCCCGAAAAAGUCCCCUGCUGAAUCAUCUGGAAGCAGUUCAGAGGAGUCGUCUGAGGAGGAAAGUUCUGGAGACAGCUCCGAGGAACCACGUGAUGAUGAUGUCAUCACAUGGAACUUGUUCGGAAUCUUCCAGCUGAGCGAUCGCGUGGCUUGUGAUUCUGGAUCUAGUGGAACUCUGAACAUCUGUCGUUUGGAGUGCGGCGCUCUCAUUAAUGAUGACAUCACUGAUGACAUCAUCUGCUUGAAGACUUUGGUAGAAAGCCAUGGCAAGUUCACUGGAUUUAGUCCUAAGAAGAGAUUCCUCACCAAGAUGAUGGCAAUGCUCUUCAUGAAGGAGUGUCGAUCUGUCGUCCCUUCACAAUACUUUGACGAGUGUUCUUAAAAUAUCCACAUAGAUGAAGCUUCUCCAUCAGAAGGCUUGAUCGAGAAACUUCUCUGGCUUCUGGUGGAGCAGUUUUCCACUAGCAGGAGACUCAAUGGUUAUAUUUUCCCAAGCUUUAAGACCCCAUGAAUUCAGAUUUGGAGUUCUGUUGCUUUUAGUCCAUGCUUUGAGGUUAUCUAAAUGCUAAUGUAUUCCUAAAUGUUGACAAAAUUAGCUUUUAGCAGAUAUAAACACUUAAAACUGACAGUCAUUCUUUGUCCUCCUGUGAAAAACAAAAAAGCUAAUAUAAUGACUCAUUGGCAUGUGCAAAUUUUGACCAAUGAAAGUGCUCUCUAGAAUGACAAUGUCCUCUUCCAGUUCGUUUUAUAUUUCACUUGCCACCGACUAGUAUCAGCAGACAGCAAAUCAUGAUUCCUGCUUGUGAUGUAAAACCAAUAAAUCUUUUGGAUAAUUAAUGGUGUAUCUGUAAACUUCAUAGCAAGUGUGGUUGUCUUUAGUGUGGUUAAUGAAUACAUUCAAUAUCUGUCA